AUGUCUACCAAAACUCAAAAUCCUAUGCGUGAAUUGCGUAUCGAGAAAUUAGUCUUGAACAUUUGUGUUGGUGAGUCCGGUGAUAGAUUAACCAGAGCCUCAAAAGUUUUAGAACAAUUAUCUGGUCAAACCCCAGUGCAAUCAAAAGCAAGAUACACAGUGAGAACUUUUGGUAUUAGAAGAAACGAAAAGAUUUCUGUUCAUGUCACCAUUAGAGGACCAAAAGCUGAAGAAAUCUUGGAAAGAGGUUUGAAAGUUAAGGAAUAUCAAUUAAGAAAUAAAAACUUUUCAGCUACAGGAAACUUUGGUUUCGGUAUCGAUGAACAUAUCGAUUUAGGUAUCAAAUACGACCCAUCUAUUGGAAUUUAUGGUAUGGACUUCUACGUUGUUAUGGGAAGAGCAGGAGCUAGAGUUACAAGAAGAAAGAGAGCUAGAUCAACCAUUGGUAACAGUCACAAAACUAAUAAAGAAGAUACCAUUCAAUGGUUUAAGGUUAAAUACGAUGCUGAAGUGUUGGACAAAUAA